AUGAAUAAAAUUGACAAAGAAAAAAAUGUUGAAAAACACGAAAACUAAAAAUAAAAGGAUGAAAAUCACGAAAGUAAUGAAGAACAUGAUAACCAUGAAUAAAAAGAUGAAAACCACGAAUAAAAGUAUGCAAAACACGAAAAUCAUGAAGAACAUGAUAACCAUCAAUAAAAAGAUGAAAAUCACGAAGAACAUGAUAACCAUCAAUAAAAAGAUGAAAAACACGAAUAAAAGGAUGAAAAACACGAAAAUAAUGAAGAACAUGAUAACCAUGAAUAAAAUAAUAAAAAAGACGAAAAACUCGAAAAUCACGAUUAAAAGUAUUAAAAAGAUGAAAAACACGAAAAUAAUGAAGACCAUGAUGACCAUAAAUAAAAAGAUGAAAAACAUGAGAAUAACUAAGAACAUGAUAACCAUAAAUAAAAGGAUGAAAAACACGAAUAAAAGGAUGAAAAACACGAAAAUAAUGAAGAAAAUGAUAACCAUCAAUAAAAAGAUGAAAAACACGAAUAAAAGGAUGAAAAAUACGAAAAUAAUGAAGAAAAUGAUAACCAUGAAUAAAAUAAUAAAAAAGACGAAAAACACGAAAAUCACGAUUAAAAGUGUGAAAAAAAUUAAUAAAAAGAUGAAAAACACGAAAAUCAUGAAGAACAUGAUAACCAUAAAUAAAAAGAUGAAAAUCACGAAGAACAUGAUAAUCAUCAAUUAAAAGAUGAAAAACAUUAAUAAAAGGAUGAAAAACACGAAAAUACUGAAGGCCAUGAUAACCAUCAAUAAAAAGAUGAAAAACAUGAAUAAAAGGAUGAAAAACACGAAAAUCAUGAAGAACAACAUGAUAACCAUUAAUAAAAAGAUGAAAAACACGAAAAUCACGAAGAACAUGAUAACCAUGAAUAAAAAGAUGAAAACCACGAAUAAAUGGAUGAAGAACACUAAAUUCAUCAUAUGAAUGAAGAAUAAAAUAAAAAUAAUUUAGAAUAAUCAAAUGAUAAUGAAUCUAAUAUAGAAAAAUUUGUUAGAUUAAUAGAGUAAACUUAAUUAAGAUAUUUUAUAAUUUAGUGA